AUGAGGGCUAAAGCCUCAGACAUGCACAGCAAGGACUGUGUCAAAGUGGCCGUCAGAGUCAGACCAUUCAACAAGAGAGAGAGGGAUGCAGGCAGCCACUGUGUCGUCUCCAUGGUGUCGAGCUCCAUCACCAUCCAGGACCCACGUGACUCUCAGAACCGGCGCUUGUUCUGCUUCGACUACGCCUACUGGUCCCACAGCGGCUUUGCACAGGACCGCCGUGGCCUGUUUGUGCCUGAAGAGCCAGGGGGACGAUAUGCUGACCAGGACAGUGUGUUCCAGGACCUGGGAGAAGGAAUACUGGAGAAUGCACUGCAGGGUUACAAUGCCACACUGUUGGCCUACGGGCAGACCGGCUCUGGAAAGAGUUACUCAAUGGUGGGCUAUGGGCCGAACAAAGGCCUGGUUCCUAAACUCUGUGACCGACUGUUUGAAGCCAUUAGAGAAAACCAGGAUACCAGACAGUGUCAGGUCUUUUUCAGUAUGAUGGAAAUCUAUAAUGAGCAGGUAAUUGACCUGUUGUCUCGGGGAUCUCGUACUCCAGCAGGGCUCAGAGUUAGAGAGGAGCAGCAACGAGGUUUCUAUGUGGAGGGUCUCCGUACAGUCCCCUGUGACAGCGCACCACAGGUGGAGCAGUUGAUGGAACAGGGAACCAGGACUCGAACCACGGCUGCCACUCACAUGAAUGCCAACAGUAGUCGCUCACACAUGCUGAUUAUCCUCCAGCUCAAACAGAUCUUUUCCAAGGAGAGCAUCACAAAGCAGUCCAACAUUAAUCUAGUUGACCUGGCUGGCAGUGAGCGUCAGCGGUCAUCUGGGUCAGAGGCUGACAGACUUAAAGAGGGCACAGCCAUCAACCUGAGCCUCACCACCCUGGGCAAUGUCAUCAGUGCUCUUGCUGAUGUGGCGGUGGGGAAGAAGGUCAUCCAUAUUCCUUACAGAGACUCAGUUCUCACCAAGUUGCUGCAGUCUGCACUGGGAGGCAACAGUCGCACUGUAAUGAUUGCCACACUGAGCCCUGCUGAUAUCUGCUACGAGGAGUCUCUCUCAACCCUGCGCUAUGCUGAGAGGGCAAAGCGUAUCCAGAACCGGGCAGUGGUGAACGAGAGCCCCACUGAGCGUCUUGUUAAAGAGCUGAAGGCAGAGAACGCCAGACUGCUACAGAGGCUGAGCCGGCUGGGCCAGGAGGGACGCAGAGCAAAUGACGAGACCAAGGAGCUUCGUCAGCUGCUGACCCACAAUGAGCUCCAGAUCAGAGCCAUUCAGACUCUAUGGGAACAACACCUACAGGAGGCGCUGAAGGACUGGGAGCAACAGUAUGCUAAUAUCACACAGCUCCUCUUCUUGUCUCCUACUGCCAUUCACAAGGUCUCUCUGUCUCUGCCUCACUGUCAGGAGAGGAGGAUGAUGCAGAUGCAUCCCUACAUCCUGAACAUCAAUGAGGAUGCUCAGCUGUCUGGGGUGGUCAAGCUUUUCAUCCAGGAGGGUGAAUGGGACAUUGGCCUGUGUGACUCCUCUCUGAGAUCCAUUUCUAUCAAGGGCCUAGGGAUUCAGGAGCGUCAUGCUGUGUUCAGGAAUGAACAGCGGCGGGUAACACUGACCCCGCAGCCAGGGUCAAAGGUCAUUGUCAAUGGCCAUGCUGUUUUCCAGACAACUGAGCUGCAGCACCUGGACCGUCUUAUUCUUGGUUCCAACUGUACCUACCUGUUCAUUGGUUAUCCGUCUGAGAGGGGAGGGGAUGACUGGAGUCGCUACGACUACGACUACUUCCAGUCUGAACUGGCUGCUGCUGAGGGUAUCCACCUGGUAAUGUGUCUGUGUUUAGGUGAGUCCAGCGCUACGUCCACUCAGACAGACCCCAGUCUGCUGGCAGUUUUCUACGACUACAUCAAACUGAUGCCCAUGGUGGCUGAAGCCAACCAGAUGAGCCAGGAGCUGAACAAGGGGGUAGAGUUUAAGUUAGAGAUCAAGAAUUUGGCACUGUCAGAUUCAAAAGGUCACGAUCUGGAGAAAGAGAUUGUUGUCAGAGUCACCUCAGUGGGAAGAAAACAGGUAUGGAUGUGGUCCAAGGCCAAGUUUGUGAACCGUAAAUUCCUGAUGGAAGAAGUCUACCAGCAGCAUCAGGCUGAGCAGAAUGCAGACACGGCGUUACCCAGAGAUAAAGACCCGUUCUGGGAUCCAGUGGAGCCUCUGCUGCUGGGCACCGCUCAUCUCUGGCUUCAGUCUUUGGCCUUCCGCAUCCCUCUGGAAGAGCAACUGGAGGUGCUGGGGUCAGAGGGCACAGAGGAGGCCAUUCUACAAGCACAGCUGGUUCCCUGUAACUCCACCGGACUACCACUUGGUGAAGAUGACAUCCUGAUCGACCCAUCUGAGUUACUGGGUCGACGACUGGACUUCCAGCUGGUCCUGGAACAGUGUUGUGGCCUGCGCUGGAUCAGAGAGGCCCGCAAUAGAGGGGUUCAAUUUGGUUUCAGGUUAUUUGACUGCAGCCAGCCUCUCUACACUCCAGCAGUGUGGCACAACUUCAACCCUCUAUUGGAUCACAGAGUCCACUUCGCCUCCCUCCACACCUCCCAACGUCUGCUGGACUACCUGCAGAGCAGUGCUGUCGUGCUGGAGCUCUGGGGCCUUCAAGGUGGGGAUAGUGCGCGUGGACGGUCGGUGCGCCCCAGCUGCGAUGCAGAGUUUGCUCGUGCUCUCAAGGUUUUCUACCACAGUAUGACCUCAGUCAGGGGUCAGCUGCAGCGCCUGCGCAGACACAGACCCAGUGAGGAGUCUGACCUGCUGGGGCUCAGACUCUUUAUAGAUGAGCAGAGUCGUCUGCUGAGAGACUUCUCAGAGCAGCUGGAACACAGCGUCUCCGCACUCAAACAAGAUGUAGCCGCCAUUGUCCGCCGGAAACGAGAGCGAUCAGGAAUCUGGUCUUGA